ACAGUGGCAUACAUCUCUGUAGUACACAGAUGAAAUCAAUUAAUGUUUUGACAGAUACAUCUGUUAGUGUUCUCAUAUAUACACGGCAGUAUGCAGAACUUGAUUGAACUGUUAUAGUUGAUAGUUUAUGACACAUACAAAUAGUUUAUAUAGUGUAAUAAAUGUUGUGAGAAUAUUGACGGGACAGUAUUAAAUAUAUAUUUAAAAAAGAUCUGAGAAGUAGCCAUGUCUACGAGUGAUUUCUUAGAACGAGGUUCGUUCGAGUUUGAGAAAGGUAACUUCAAACAAGCCGAAGAACAUUUGACAGCCGUAAUAAAGGCAGACAAUAACGAGGACAAACUAGACGCCUAUAGGAUGCGUGCGUCAUGCAGACAUGAAAUGAAACAAUAUCAAGACGCCAUUGUAGACGCAAAACGCUUGUUAGAACUGAAUCCCAAAUCAACAUCCGGGUACGCUCUGUGGGGAUGUGCUUUAUCAAAGCUUGGUAAAUUUGAAGAGGCUCUAGCAACAUUUAGACUUGGCUUGGACAUUGAUACAAAUGACAGUGAACUGAAGAAAGGUUUAAAAGAUAUGCAAGUUGAAAUUAUGUCGUCUGCUAACUAUAUUGAGGAGAAAACUUAUGACGCAGUUAAAAUGAGUUCACAAGAUUCAUAUCCUGGUGACAGUGAACUAGAAGUCUUAGAGAAAGAGAUUAUGCAGAAGUGGGGAAUGACAGAGUUUCCACCAUUUGAAGUCUUCAUGCAAGAUCCAAAGAUGGCGGUAAAGGAAUAUGGCGCAGCACUUCAGCUUAGAAAGGCUGGAAAUGAUGAUCAGGCAUUGCAGAAAAUGAAGGAAGCAAUGAAGUAUGAUGCUGCUAAUUUUACCCUGCGUGGAGAGAUCGCCUCGUUGUUGUACGAGAUGGGCCGCUACAAGGAGGCGUAUCAACAUUGUCAGUGUAUACCUGGAGAUUUCAGGCCUGUACAACACUGGAAACUCGGAGGUCAAAUUUUGGACGCUCUAAACCUUCCGGUUCACGCGGAGGCAUGGCUACGACAAGGAUGUAAGUUGGACAAGAAUGAUAAAGAAAUGCCGCUACUGUUUCAGAAUAUCCGAGUAAAGAGAUUGUAUGGUCCUCUAACAGACGGAACCAAGGUAAAUGUAGUUUUCACACAAUUUGGUAGAGCUAUUGUGGCAUCAGAAAAUAUUUCUCCUGGAGAAAAUUGUUUCAGAGACAAACCUGCUGUGCUUGCACAAACAUUAGAUACACAACACGUGGCUGCUUGCUUACACUGCGCUAAAUGUCUAAUGCUCCCCGUGGAAUAUUUCGGGAAGGAAGUUCUUGCGAAAAGCCCAGAGCUGAAGAAAUUAGUCAAUAAGUAUUGGCCAAUCAGACCGCGUAUUGAAUGCACACAAUGUGGACAAAAAGCAAUUUAUUGCAGCGUAGAAUGUAGAGAAGAAAGUUGGGCCAUGUAUCAUCAAGUGUUGUGUGUAAGUGUGAAUCCAGCCGUUGAAAAACUGCAUGAAAUUUGCGAACAAUACAAAACACUGAGCACAGAUCAGCGAUGUUAUAGAGGAGUUUGGAACGCGUCAUUUAGUCCAUUUGUCCUAGCUAAUAUUUGGGCAAGAAUUAUUUGUAUGGCAAACUCUCUGGCUGCACAAGAAGGGAGGGAUAAACCCACAGCUGCCAAUUGGACCAUGGCAAAGUCGCCAUACAGGAAGUUUAUUGCUUACGGAAAUGCAAGUAACGCUGCUGUGAUACCAAAGAUGGUCACCGUUAUGCAAGAAGUGUUUGACAACGAGUAUCUACCGGUCAAUCAGCGUAUGAAGAUUAACAAUAAAGAAUUUGAUGGGCGGUACUUCCAAGCCACGUGCAAUGUUCAGGCAUUCUCGGAUCCCUCCCCUCCGUUUAAUGUGUUCCUAAACAAUGUGUCUCAAGAUCCAAGGGGAGAACUAGUUCGUAUGCACACCUUGAAUGACCCGGAUGACGCUAUGUUUGCUGGAAUGUUCCCGCUUCAUGCUUGCUUGAAUCAUUCAUGUGAUAACAACGUCGAGGUUCUAGACGGCGUUCCUGGAGUUUUGGUCAGAGCUAAGAAAUCAAUCCAAGCGGGAGAGGAACUUUACACAACCUAUAUCAACACAAAAAUGCCCAAAAGAGAGAGGAGGGCGUGGCUUUUCCGUGGUUACAACUUUUGGUGUCAGUGUACGAGAUGUAAGUUUGAAGGAGAAGGUCCUGAAUUGUGUACAGAAUGUGGAAAGGAAGCAAAGACAGACAAAAAAGAAAAAUAUCCAGGCUGUGGAAAGUGUCACAGGGCGUGGUAUUGUUCGACAGUAUGUCAGAAAACAGCUUGGAAGAAAGGACAUAAGAAAAUUUGCAGUACGCCUCAUUCUAAUACUUAUAGUUCAACUGAUUACUAUCUGCAGUCAGUUCAGCCAUUUUAGAUUAUUGCUGUAUAUAAACGCUUUAAAUCUGAUAAUUAGUACAUUCUAUUACACUUAGUGCUUGUUUUCAGCUUUGAAGAUAGAAGUAGGCCAGCACUCUACGAUAUAUUCUAGAUGCGUUUAUGCCAGUAUUUUAUGAUAUAUCUUAUAUAUAGACCGGCGCAGUAUGAUAUAUCAUAAAUAUAAGCCAGAACUGUGUGGUACAUGUAUAUUCCAAAUAUAGACCAGCGGUAAAUAGUAUAUCCUAGAUAUAAGUCAGCACAGUACGCUUUCAGCUGAUACCGAGUUUAGCUUGAUGUUUUGCUGUUAUUUCUCCAUGCUUUGAUGUCGUACUAUUUCAACUUCUAUUGCCAUAAGUACAAGUAUAUAUUGCAACGACUUAUUAGUACAUUUGCUAGACAAUGAAAUUUAUAAUUUUAGAACAUGAACUUAGUGAUAUUAGUACAUGUACCUGCUUAACAACAGAGAAAGAGUUCUAAAGCAAACUAAUGCUGUACUAAAAUUUGUAGCAAUUGAGGAGUGUAUUGGAAAAGUUCUAAUUUUCUACUACCAUGUAAUAAUAUAUCAGGAUAGUCUCUAGUGCCUUUAGUUGAAUUCGUGCACGGGCAGCGUUCAUUUUACAUAAAUAAAUGUGUUUAUUAAUAGCAACAAGGGCUGUGUUUAUCAAAAAAUAUUAUGAAUUGUUUAAAAUAUAAAUGCAGAUUUAAAAUAACAACACAUCAUGCCUAUUGUUUUAACCAUUAACUGCUGCUUUGCGUACAAGCUUUUUACAGAUUUAAACACGGAGUAUAAUUAUUGUCAAUGAAUAAAGAACUACUAAUUAUUAAAGCAAGCAGGUUGUAAGCGAAAAGCGCGCGGCUCUAUUUCUAGGUACGUAGGUAAAUUUAUCUAUUUGAAGAAAGUAUGUAUGGUUUGUUUAUGGAAUCGGGUAGAAUAGAACGCAGAUUGACAUUGACUUUGUCUGGAACCAUACAUUAUUAACAAUUGUGUGAAAUCUUUUUGUUAAAAAAAAUCCUCCCAAGUUAAAAAGUAUGUUCUUUUGAAAUACCCCGAAUAAAAUGCAGACGAGUGGCAUUCUGUUUGUUGAAUAAGUUUGUAUUGCUUAGCGAAAAGAUAUGGCAUGUCAUAUGUGCGAUUUCGCUUUUUUAAUUGAAUGAAUUUCUCACCAACUGAAGCGUUUGCUAGUUAUGAGUAGCUUUUGUAAUGGCGUACCUGGUUAUAAGUGUGUGUAUGGUACAACGAUGUCUUUUUUAGAAAUGAAAUGAGCCGCGUCACGACAAAACCAACAUAAAGGGUUUGCGACCAGCAUGGAUCCAGACCAGCCUGCGCAUCCGCACAGUCUGAUCAGGAUCCAUGCUGUUCGCUAUCAGUUUUUCUACUUGUUAUAGCGUUUGUAAGCGAAUAGCAUGGAUCCUGAUCAGACUGCGCGGAUGCGCAGGCUGGUCUGGAUCCAUGCUGGUCGCAAACCCAUUAUGUUGGUUUUGUCGUGACGCGGCUUUAAUGUCGUUAUGUAUUAGAGUUAUAUAAUAUUAGUAAAGUAGUUAGUCAUUAUUAAUAAAUCAAAUACUUAUUGUAAUUAGUUACACUAAUAUAAAAAUAGUCGUCUAAUAAAGAAAAAAGCGUUGUUGUCGCAGCUUAGCGUUGUUAGAAAAUGUUUGAUUAACUGUUAAAAUUGUCGACAUGGUAAUGCUUUUAUAUGUAAAAUAUGGCUCUAUUGUACAUGUAGUACUUUAACACUAGUAUUUCAAAUGUUUAAAAUAUCUUUCACGUGCAAUGAUGAUAUCGAAAAACGUUAAAUUGUUUUAAACGGUCACAUGUAAUUCUCUUUUUUUUUCCUGAAUAUUUUGUACAGAACAAAAAUUCUGAUUAUCACAGUGAACAUGUUUGAAAUAUAACAAAAGAAUGUUUUGUAAGCAAAGAUUUGAAAACUUUUUAAUGUAGUCGGCUAAUUAUUUAUAAGUGACCGUUUAGAACUUGUCUGUAUGUAUGUUAUUGUAGGCGAAUUUUCCCUGGAGAUUUUAUCAAUGUUUUUUACAUGAAAUAGUGGACCUUUUUGACCAAGUAUCCCCAAUGCAUACCCCCCCCCCUUUACCUGUGGUACAUUUGACCUCAAGUGAUACAUCCUUAUUACAUGGCAAUGCAUCUGUGUAGAUUGUUCUAAGCUUUAAAUAACCAUUUAUACUGGCCAUCAUUUAAGACCAUUUUUGUUAUAAAUUUUUAAGUUUUUUUGUUGUUUUUUUUUCGUUUUUUUUUCAUUUAUUUUAUUAUAUCUUAAAUCUCUUUCUCAAAGUUUAUGGUUUAUUCUCAAUGAAAGAAGUUUAUUUAUCAUAUACAUGUAGUAUUAAUUUUGAACAUUCACGAGUACAAAUUGGUAUCCUGAUUAACUUUUUCAACAUUUUUUGACUACUUUUAAAAGAAAAAGUAAUAUACUUGUAUUUUCAUUAUUUUUACAGUUUAAAAUCAUCGAUACACUGUACUUCUUCUCUGGUCUUUGAAAAGCAAGGUCAAUUCGGGUCCAUUAUUUUUCGUUUUAAACUUACCGUUAAUUGUAAAAUUACUUUUCUAUUUUAGAGAAAAAGUGGUAACAUGACAGCAUUGAACGUGUAUUAGGUUUUCCACCAUAGCGUUUCUUUCCGGAUAUAGAGCUAUCAUAAACAAUUUACACAACCAAAACAUGGCGUAUGCGCUGAAUGGAAUGCACCCCAAAUCGAUUGUACCCAGAAUUCACAUAUUCUUGGAAUGGAAUGCAACCCGAAGUUGAAUGAGCCCAGAUUUGACGUAUCUUCACAAUGGAAUGUACCUUAUCUUGAUCCAUCCUUUAGUGUGAUUUUUGUUUUUGUUUUCAAGUUUUUUACCUUUUGUCACUUAACAUGACAGCAAAUGAGUACAUGUUUUAAGAUUUUUCCCAUGCUAUGUUCAAUCCUUUUCCAUUUAAAACCUAUAUUACCUGUCUUAAGUGAAAAUUUAAAACCAAGUACUAAAAUAAAAAAACACCCUUUUUAGAAAUCGCUUUUGUGUGUUACCCUUGGCUCCUACAUUUGAAUUAAAAGAGUUCGUAUUUGCUAACUUGACAAGAUAACUUUUUGUGCAUACGUACACAGUCACUCUUACGAGUAGAUACGCUAUUGUUGAUAUUAUAACUUGAUGGGCAAGUAGGACGUUUUAGUCAUAGGCACUCGGGUUUCAAUACAACUGUCAUUUUAUCGAUGAUUUUCCAUAUAAAUGACAAUCAGUUAUAUGACAUGUCUUCAAUAUAAUGACAAAUGAGUUGGAACCAAGUGCCGGUGCCCAGAUUCAUGUUUAUGUAGUUAAAUGUCCGGAGAUCUUGGAUUGGAUAAACAUUCCCGUCUGAACUUUGUUGACUUGUAUUUCGUGUUUUGUGUUAUGAUGUGAUGUGUUUUAUUGUUGACCAUGCAGCCACCGAGAACUGACCAUACCUACCUUAAUACAUUAUUUUACCUAGUUGCUCAACUAUUUUACACUUCACCCAUUAAUUCCACCUGUCUACCUCAAUUUGACCAAUGAGUUGUUUUUUUAUUUUGUUACUCUAGUACCCGUGUACAUAAAAUCAGUUAUUUACAUAAAUGCAGAACUUAUUAUUUUUGAAUUAUACAAUGUAUAUAUCACUUUGUCUUUUUAUAGUUAUUCCAGGAAAUCAUCAACUUGUAAAAUAGGUGUUUCAGGCAUAAUUUCAUAACAUAUUACAAGAAUAAUUUAUAUUUUCACAAUAACUGAAACUAUCUCACAGACUGAUACUGUCUAGCUAUAUUUUUUUUCUUCAAGUCUUGAUUUUAUUAUAUUAAAUUUUCUUCGUGGGAUGGGUAUAUGGACAAGGGCAUACGAGAAGAAGGGAUGGUUCAAUCUUUGCUAAACAUAGGAUUAUUUAUUUCUUUGGUAUUUUAUUUAAGACUACCUUUUUUUCCUUGAAACUAGAAUUUGUUUUACCUGUAUGAAAUUAGGAUUGUUCAUAAAACCACUAACUUUUUUUUUGUUCUUGUUAUUUUUUGUUAUAAUUUACUGAUUAUUUAUACGAACAUUAUCCCUAUACUGACUUUAUUUUAAUGGAAAUGUUGAAUUUAUUCUCAAAAUGUCACUGAUGUAUAUAGUGAUUGUUAAUGUUAAUUGUCUAAUAUUUAAAUAGUAUUUGAAUGAGCCCUGAAAUUACCUUAUUAUUGUCAUUUGUUAAACAAAUGUGUAAAUAGAUCUCUAUAUUCAAACUUUAAAAUUUAUUCUUAAAUUUGUAUUAUUUAAAAUAUUUUUUAUAAGUGUUGACUUUGAAUCCUAUAUUUUCCAAUUUAUAAAUAAAAUUAGAUCGUU